CCUAGAAUUAAUCUUCUCUGUUCUCUUUUCUUUCAAGUGUUUCAACACCCAACAACAUAGUAUUCAUACACAGUCUUAUAUUAAUAUUCAGUUAGAUAUGUCUGAAAUAUGUUUGCCGGUUUACAAUAGAAGUUCGAGUUUUAGUAGUUUGAUGACUUGCUUAUCAUCGGAUACUUGGGGUGAUUUGCCGCUCAAAGAAGAUGAUUCUGAAGAUAUGGUCAUCUAUAAUUUCUUGCGUGAUGCGGUUAAUGUUGGAUGGACGCCGUUUGCUUUUACAGCGAACGACGUUAUUAAGCCCGAGUCGAGCAGUCAAAUUAAACGUACUCAGUAUAUCCCGUUAAUAGAACAGACCGUGAAGUGUGAGCUGGUUGAUGAAAUUAAGCCGGUUGUGGUUAUUAGUACGGCUCCAGCUGCGGCUUCUAUUCCUACAACCUCGGCUCCGGCUGUUGUUAAAUCGGCUGAGCCGGCUUCACCUCCGACGAAGGGAAGGCACUAUAGGGGUGUGAGACAAAGGCCGUGGGGGAAGUUCGCGGCGGAGAUAAGAGAUCCGGCUAAGAACGGCGCGAGAGUGUGGCUUGGAACUUACGAAACGGCGGAGGAAGCUGCUUUGGCGUAUGAUAGAGCGGCUUACAGGAUGCGUGGCUCAAAGGCUUUGUUGAAUUUCCCGCACCGAGCCGGCUCAAAUGAGCCUGAUCCGGUGCGAAUCACCGCUAAGAGGAGAGCUUCUCCUGAGCCGACGGCUUCGAUUUCAUCGGCUUCGGGAAGUGAGUCUUCAAAGCGUAGAAAGAAAGGCUUAGUAGCUGAGAAAGCCGAGCCGGAAGUAGAGAGCCAGAUAAAACAAAUGCCAGGUGGGGAAACCUUAUUGGUUAGCUAGAUUAAUAAUGUGAAAUUAUUGUAGGGGCUGUUUGGCUUGUGUGUGACCUUGUAUAGAAAUGAAUAUUUUCAAUUUUUGUUUUUCUUUUAAAUUUCACUUGCCAUUAAAGGGAGCGUGAAAUCUGGGGCUUGUUAAAGCGCAUACUUCCAGAAGAAAUGAGACAAUAUUAUAUUGUGAUCACA